ACUACCGAAGGCGUGGCGGUCGGGUGGGAAUAUGAACACCGAGGGGCUCAACUGUCAGUUGGAGUUGGAAGGAGCUGCAGGAGAAGUAAACACACGAGCAGAGCUCACUCCUGCCCCACGAUCCCCGAUCCCUGCCGAACAACUGAAAUCAGCCCAGUGCGUGGCAUCCGCAGCGAAACAGCGUGACAUAACAACAACAGCAACAAAAAAAAUGUCCCAGCAGGCAGUGAACGGGGUCUCCCACCGGGGCAAGGUGCUAACUUUGGACAACAUGAACCCCAAUGUGAGACGGGUCGAGUAUGCGGUCCGGGGCCCCAUAGUCCAGCGAGCGAUGCAGAUAGAGAAGGAGCUGAAAGAGGGAGUCAAGAAACCUUUCACAGAGGUCAUCAAGGCGAACAUAGGAGACGCCCAUGCCAUGGGUCAGAAACCAAUCACAUUUCUCAGACAGGUCUUGGCUCUGUGUUCUUACCCUGAACUUCUGGAAGACAACAAGUUUCCUGAGGAUGCCAGGAAAAGAGCGCGGCGUAUCCUCGAGGCCUGUGGCGGCCACAGCAUAGGGGCCUACAGUGCCAGCCAGGGGAUCGAGUGCAUCCGUCAGGAUGUGGCACGCUACAUAGAGAGGAGGGAUGGUGGAAUCCCCUCCAACCCUGACAACAUCUACCUCUCCACCGGGGCCAGUGAUGCCAUCGUGACCAUGCUGAAGUUGCUGGUGUGCGGUGAGGGUCGUGACCGUACAGGAGUGAUGAUCUCCAUCCCUCAGUACCCUCUGUACUCGGCCGCCUUGGCCGACCUGGGUGCCGUGCAGAUCAGUUACUACCUGGAUGAGGACAAGUGUUGGAGUCUGGAUGUCACAGAGCUCAGGAGAGCCCUCAACGCAGCCAGGCAGCACUGCAAUCCUCGUGUCCUCUGCAUCAUCAACCCUGGAAACCCCACUGGUCAAGUCCAGAGCAGGCAGUGCAUUGAAGAUGUGAUCCGAUUUGCUAAAGAGGAGCAUCUCUUCCUCAUGGCUGAUGAGGUCUACCAGGAUAAUGUGUAUGCAGAGGGCUGUAAGUUUCACUCCUUUAAGAAGGUGUUGUUUGAGAUGGGACCAGAGUACUCCAGCACAGUGGAGAUGGCUUCCUUCCACUCCACCUCCAAAUGCUACAUGGGAGAGUGUGGAUUCCGUGGAGGCUACAUGGAGGUGAUCAACAUGGACCCUGAGGUCAAGGCCCAACUCACCAAACUGGUGUCGGUGCGCCUCUGUCCCCCCGUUCCCGGACAGGCUCUCCUGGACCUGGUGGUCAACCCCCCGCAGCCUGAUGAGCCCUCCUACACCACAUUUAUAAAGGAGCGGACGGCGGUGUUAGCAGCUUUGGCGGAGAAGGCUAGACUAACAGAGCAGAUCUUCAACACAGUACCUGGUAUCACUUGUAAUCCGGUCCAGGGAGCCAUGUACACCUUCCCCCGCAUCACACUACCUCAAAAGGCCAUCGACAAGGCCAAGGAGGAAGGCCAGGUCCCAGACAUGUUCUACUGCAUGAGGCUGCUGGAGGAGGAAGGAAUCUGUCUGGUGCCAGGUAGUGGUUUUGGGCAGAAAGAGGGAACCUUCCACUUCAGGAUGACCAUCUUGCCACCCACCGAGAAGCUGAAGGUUGUGCUGCAGAAGAUCCGAGAGUUCCACCUGCGGUUCACCCAAGAGUUUUCGUAACGAUCCUCCGGGCCUGAACAGCAACUCAAGAACCAACUCAUCCGGUGCCAGUAUCUUCCAAGUGCCUUUGUGCAAAUGAGGUAGCAGUCUUAGCUUCAACUCCUGCAAUACCCACAUCUCACUAAGGCCAGAUUUUUAAAGACGUUUUCACUGUUCUGUAUCAGUGG